AGAAAGCAUGGCGCUGUGGUAGUCACAUGAUGAAACUAUGCUACAAUCCUUUCGAUAUGGUAGCUUCGACGAUAUCACGAAUAUCUUGAGGUGAGUGGUCAGAGCUACAGUUAGCAAAGGCCAUGGAGGAGACCGCCAGCAAAGUUCCCCUUGCUUCUGGAGAAGAUUUCUUGAACAGUUAUCAAACGAUCGCCUCCAAGCUUAAAAGGAAGUUUCUCCGGAAGCCCAAUGUUUCCGAUGCUGAGGAGGAGUUCAAUUCCCUUGCAAGGCAACUGGAGCAGCAGGAACAACAUUCCCAUGCAGCUGUAUGUCAUUUAGCAGCUGCCAGAUGUGAGGGCACAUUGGGAAACCCUUUUGGGGAAGCAGAAUCCCUCAUCAAAGGAGCCAGAGCCUUUCUGGCAGCAGAACAAGAGAACCGGAAGCUGUCACUUCCAGCUCAGGAGGAGCAUCUUAUGGCUGCAAUGAGUGUGUUCAACCAUGCCAUCAAAGUAUACUUGGAGCAGAAGCAAAAACUACUUGCCAGCAGAUUUUGUCUGGAGCUUGCCAAUGCCUUAAAGGAAUUUGGAAAGCUAAGGGAAGCCCUGGCAUAUUAUCAGAAAAGCAUUGAAAUGGAAGAUAAUCAGACUCUUGGUCAACUGAACUCACAGGAGUUGGUGGCUUCGUGCUUCAUUGAAAUGUGUGAUUAUCAUGCAGCCCUCAGUACCUUUGAUGGAAUGAGGGGAACUCUGGAUGUGAUGAAGGAGAAUGGAGUGCAUGAGGCCCCCAUUUCAGGCCUUUUACGAAAGUGUGAAGUAAUGCAAGUGCUGCUACUUUUGCUCCUGCAGAUCCCUCCUGCUCAAAUGAAAAAGGAAUACUCAUUGUUGUUGAGCAAAUACACAUUUGAAGAUGAACCUUUAGGUGAGCACAUGAUUCCUGUUAAUGAUUCAGAAUCGUGGGUAGGACAGAAGUAA